GUGCCAGGGACAUGAUGCCUGAACUAAGAGGGGUCAGAGAAACCAACUGAAAGGCAAUGCAGUGCAUCUGACUUGAGGAAGCCGAAAUGCAUGCCUGCUAGGGGCACAUGGGCCCGGGGAACUUGUCACAAAAGGGCAACCAUGGUCUCACACAGCAUUGGUUGAGCAGGCUGGCCUGGUGAUUAUGCUAAUUCGCUCCAGGUGCCAACUCUCUUGUUGCCUGGUGACAAAGUUUCCCAGUGGAGGAGGAGGACUUGGGACGGCAGUUUCUUAUGACCUUUUCCUCAAACUGGUCACCAUUCAAUCAGAAAGACAUUUGUGUGACAUCCUCCCUCACUAAGAGAACAUGGCCAAGGGAGGAAAGGGCCCCAAGGGCAAGAAGAUCACCCUCAAUGUGGCCAAGAAUUGCAUUAAAAUCACCUUUGACGGGAAAAAACGCCUGGAUCUGAGCAAGAUGGGAAUCACCACCUUCCCAAAGUGUAUUCUGCGCCUCACUGAUGUGGAUGAGCUGGACCUCAGCCGCAAUAUGAUCAGGAAGCUCCCUGACUCCAUCGCCAAGUUCCAAAACCUGCGGUGGCUGGACCUGCACAGCAAUUACAUCGACCGGCUGCCCACAUCCCUCGGCCAGAUGACCACCCUGCUCUACCUCAACGUCAGCAACAACCGCCUGACCACUAAUGGGCUGCCUGUGGAGCUGAACCAACUCAAGAACAUCCGCACUGUGAACCUAGGACUGAACCACCUGGACAGUGUGCCCACCACACUGGGGGCCCUGAAAGAGCUGCAUGAGGUGGGGCUCAAUGACAACCUGCUCAACUCCAUCCCCACAAGUAUUGUCCAGCUCCCCAAGCUAAAGAAGCUCAACACAAAGAGAAAUCCCUUUCCAAAGGCAGAGGAGGCGGACACCUUUGUGGAUUCCAUCAAAAGGCUGGAAAGCCUUCAUCUGGUGGAGGAGAAGGACCUGUGUGGGAACUGCCUGAGAAGAUGCCAACUGGCCCGGGAUAAACUGAACCGAAUCAAGAGCACAGCCACAGCAACACCGAGAAAGGCCCUGUUUUCCACUUUGAUCGCCCCUAACUCCAUGGCCAAGGAAUCCCAGGAAGAGUGGAGGUUGCGCCCAACAGCCUCCUAGAGUAGCUUAUGGCAAAAACACGAAGACUACUGAGCUGACAGGAACACACGGCUCUGAAGAGGAGAAGCGGGUUAGGAGAAGACAGAGGGCAGGGAACACUCUGAAAGCCGGGUUGUCCGCACUGCCUACGCCCCUGGCUUGGCUCACAAGCUCAUUGUCAUCUCUUUUCUGUGGGCUCCCUGUGUGUGAAAACAAAUCUGGAAAACA